AUGCUCUCCGACCGCGUCGUCCAGCUCUGCACCGCCACCACCACCGUCAGCUCCGCGUGGGCGCGCGACCCGUCCCGGCCGCCCGGCGAAAUCGCCCAGCAGCUCUACGGCAGCGGCACGCGGCGCGGGCGAGCCACACAACAGCAGCAGCAGCAGCGCGCGGCGGAGGCGUCGUCGACGGAGGCGCAGGCGCAGGCGCAGGCGGCGGCGCGACGGUGCGGCAGCUGGGGCCCAUCGGCGCCCAGCCCGCUCUUCCUGCAGGCGUUUGCCGACGCGCUGCGCUGCCUCGAGGCCGACCCGCUGGCCGGGCUGGUGUCCCCCCCGCUGAUGGGGUCGCACGGCACGGUGCCGCUGACGGCGGUGGCCCCGCUGGCCGACGUGGUGCGGCACUGCGCCAACCUGGUGGCGCGCGCCGAGACCGAGGUCUUCCUGGUGACGUGCGCGUGGUCGCCGUCGGCGGCGCAGCGCCUCAUCAGCGCCGCGCUGGGCGAGCUGUCGGCGCGGGCGGGCGCGGACGGCCGCCGCGUGGCCGUCAACCUCAUGUACGACGCGCCCGGGGUGGCCAGCCUGGCGGGCGCGCGGCACGCCGUCGGGCCGGCCGCCUACGCCGGGCGCGGGGUGCGGCUGCCCCGGCCCGAGGACAUCCCCCACGUGCGCCUGCGGGUGGCGACGCUGCACGCCCUGCCGCUGGGCACGCUGCACGCCAAGUUCUGCGUCGUGGACCGCGCCGCCGCCGUCGUCAUGAGCAACAACAUGCAGGACAACGACAACCUCGAGAUGAUGGUGCACGUCGAGGGCCCCGUGGUCGCCGGCCUCGUCGACACGGCGCUCAACCUGUGGGGCCGCGCGCUCGAGCCCCCGCCCGCGCCGUCCUCUUCUCCGCACGAGGACGAGGACGAGGACGAGGACGGCCUGUCCAAGAGCCGCGACGGCUGGGGCGCGGAGGACGGCGCCCCGCCGGGCGAUGCCCCCGCCGGCCUGGUGGCGGCUGCCGCCGAGGCCCGCCCGCCCCUGCCGGAGCACACGCCCGACGACCCGCACUACGACGACGACGUCGGCGCCGAGACGCUCCGCGUCCAGAGCAGCUACGCGGAGAAGCCCGGCGAGAGCCGCCUCCAGGCCGCCAACCGGAAGCUCAACGCGGCGGUCGAGAAGCCCAUCCCGCCGACCGGGCCGGAGAUCGGGGCCGGCCGCGAAAUGACGCCCUACGUGUGCACGGCGACGGCCCGCCCCGUGCCCAUGGCCCUGGUGUCCCGCCCGCCGUACGGGUGCUUCGGCUCCCGGGACGGGUUCGUCCCGCAGAACGAGGCGUGGCUGUCGCUCGUCCGCAACGCCCGGCGCGACGUGUUCAUCCAGACGCCGGAUCUCAACGCGCCGCCGCUGCUGCGCGAGCUGGUCGCCGCGCUGGCGCGGGGCGUCGAGGUGACCUGCUACCUGUGCUUCGGCUACAACGACCUCGGGGAGAUGAUCCCCGGCCAGGGCGGCACCAACGACCAGGUCGCGCGGCGCCUGCUGGCCCGGCUGCCGGACCCGGAGCACCGCGCCCGGCUGCGCAUCCACAACUACGUGGGCAAGGACCAGGACCACCCGAUCCACCACUCGUUCAAGUCGCGCUCGUGCCACAUCAAGCUGCUGAUCGCGGACGGCGCGGUGGGCGUCCAGGGCAGCGGCAACCAGGACACGCAGUCGUGGUUCCACAGCCUCGAGGUGAACGUCAUGGUGGACAGCGCGGAGGUUUGCGCCAAGUGGCGCGAGGCCAUAGAGCGGAACCAGAACACGGGCGAGUUUGGACGGGUCGCUGCCGACGGCAUCUGGAGGGACCGCGAGGGGAAGCCCGGCAAGGGCUACAUGGGGGAUCCGGGCAGGGUCGAGGGGCUGGUCAAGGGGGUGUUUGGGAUGGCCAUGAAGAUGGAGGGGCUGGGGGGGUUUUAG